UCCAAGGCGUGUGUUUGAUCACCCUGUUCGUUCCUGUCCAGCCUCAGCGUCCUGCUCCCAUGUUUUGAGCCCGCUCCAGUUGGAGACAGUUCACCAUGUCCACCGGGUCUCUCAGCGAUGUCGACGACGAGCUCCUGGACGGCAUCCUGAAGUUUGGCUCCUCCGGUAAAGACUCCAACGAGAGCACGGAGGAGAGCUCCAACUGCGAGGGCACUUGCUCAAACGACGCGCCGGGCAAGAAACGGAAAACAGCGUCCCGGAAAACGGCAUCCAAGGGUGUGGCACAGCAGGAGGGCAAGCAUGGGCCGAGGAACGCGGCCAACGCCCGGGAGAGAGCCAGGAUGCGCGUCCUGUCCAAAGCUUUCUCCCGGCUGAAGACGACCUUACCCUGGGUACCAGCGGACACCAAGCUCUCCAAACUGGACACACUGCGCCUGGCGUCCAGUUACAUCGCGCACCUCCGGCAGAUAUUGGCCAACGACAAAUAUGAAAACGGAUAUAUCCACCCCGUUAACCUGACGUGGCCUUUCAUGGUUGCAGGUAAGCCGGAUAACGAUUUGAAGGAGAUGCUGAACACCACAAGGUUAUGUGGAACGACGGCGUCUUGACGAAACCAAGCGGACACGUCUGUGCGUUUUUUUAAAGGGGCAAUAAUUAUCCAAGACAAAAAAAAAAAAAAAAGAGGUUGUGACAGACCUGAACGUCUCAUCUCCGCAGACUUUGAGUGGGAAUAACGGAGACAGUAUCCUGUCUCCUUCGUUCCCGUAAAGACAAUUUUAACUUUUAUUUAAAUGCAUUCUGCCACCUAUCGUUGUCUUUGCUGGUUCAAAGAUAAACUGCGUGCUUUCAAUUGCUUUUUUUUAAUACUCUGCAGAUGCAUUUUUACUCAUGCAGGCCUGUUUCGGCUGCUGCAUUAUGAUGGAUGGAUGUGCACGUGAAACGCGGCCACUGUCUCAAAUUGUACAGAUUACAUGUAUAUAAAAUAUAUCUGUAUCACUUUUACACCUUGUGUGUUGAAUGUUUUUUUUUUAUUAAGUUAUUGUGUUUCAUUUGCGUGUGUGGGCCGGUGCUCUGACCUAGUAACCCCUCUUAUCACUCCACUCCUUCAGAAUAGCAGAACCUGAGCACCAACGAAGCGUCAGUGCAGAUAAGUGUCUCUCUGUUGUUUCUAUAAGAUAACAGUGGACGUGGAUGUCAUUACAUAAACAAACUCCUGCCUUCAAAGAUUAUUUGGAACCUAAAUUAAAUGCAGUUAGUGUUAAGCAAAUCAAAUUAAGUUUAUCUUUCUGCCAUUUCUAUUGAUUUAUAAUUAGCGAAUACUGGUUUAAUUUCUCUUUUAAAUAUCUGACCAAUUGUUAGGCCAUAAAUGAUACAAGUUCAUGUAAUGCCAACAGCGACACAACACACAUUUAUUUCUGAAAAAUAUCACUUCGGAGUUAGUGUCAAGUGUGAGUUGUAUUAACUGUCACUGAUGUGCACUGAUUGGAUGGACUAUUUUGGAGUCAGCCAAUCAGAAGUGAAGAGCGGUGCGGCGCGAGUUGUUGGAGGUCAGAGGACAUUUUAGACAUUUUAAAGAAAACCUGCGGGCUGAGCUUUAAUCCCGCCCAGACCAGUUGUUUUAAUUCGCCCGGGUUAUGACCGCUAUGUUUACAUCAUGCAGACAGUUAUUGAUGCAGGCUGACACGCGGCCCCUGUCUUUUUUUCUCUCUCGCUCUUUUUUUUUUUUUUUUUACAUGGAUUCCCUCUCCUUUCACCCCCUUUCUGUAUAUAUCUAUAUAUCUCGCAUAUGCCUACUCUCUCUGUAACAUAAAUUGUUCAUUCACUAUUUAAGAAGGCAUCCUGCAAAAAAAAGCACUCCACUCUAAAGGCCAUGUUCCAACACACGUACAAGCA